CAACUCAGCAGACAAGGCUCUGACUUUCGUUCGUGCGGCGGACGUCCUUGUCCUGCGUCGUGUGUGCCGUGAGUGGACGCUUUGAUGUUGUACAAGGAAAAAUCAGCAAAGCAGCAAAUAAAAGUUGCAGUAUUUCAUAAAUAAUUGUUACAAAAAUUCGAAAAAAUUAUAUUCUAAAAUUCAAAAAGUGCGCAGAGAAAGAGAACAGUGCAAAAAGUACAAUUGAAAGUGGAAACUGUGUGGAAAGAAGUCGAAGAGAGUUCAAACAUUAAAGGUGCAUUGCUAAAAAAGUGUUAAAAAUGAUAUUCAAGUGAUGAAGCGCGCAACACGCAGCCAUAAUUAAAAGUCAAAAUAUAAGCAAAACAUAUGCACUGCAACUAAAAGCGCACGGCUGGCAAGCGUCAGCCAGUAAGCCCAUUCGCGUUUGACGCGCAUUUCCGGUGUGUAGAGCCGAGCACUACGGCUGGUGCCAACAACCCUUCGAGCGGCGCAAUAUGAAAUCGCCCAACUAUUAGGCACUUAAGCGUGAAACAACAAACGUACAUAAACAACAACUAGAACAGCAACACGAUAAAGUUUCAAUAAAGCAGCACACAACAAGAAACGGUGCGUUGACUGUGUCGGGCCGUGGCACAGUACAGUGAAGGGCAACAAGGGCGGGCAACCAGUUAGAAGCAUUCAAAUUGUCGCACAAUUAAAAGCAAGCAAAUUAAUUAAAAGCGCAAAACAGGGCAGCAGUUGAUGGUGUGAAAAUAAAAGGCCUCGGAAAUUCGUUUCGUUUCUUCGCACAAACUCGAACGAAAAUACGAAACUUCGUCUAAUAAGAACAAUUCGGAGAGGAGACGGUGUGUAGUUGCCUGCAUUGCCAAAUAAAAAUUAAAGUAAGGUCACAAGUGGCGCGUGUCGUCGCUGGUGUGAGUGCGUGUGAGUCUCAAGACUAAAGAAUUCGGUGAUAAAUAUUUCGGCAAGCAUUGCGACACGCGUACGAACCGUUGGCACGCAAGCGCUGCAGUCGGCUUCAGGCGCGAGCCGCGUUAUUUUUAAUUAAACAAAACAAGCAUAGCUGCAGUGAAGCAGUAGCCAAGCAACAAAAGCCCCUUUUAGCGUCGGCCACACCUCAUUCUCAGCUGAAACAUAACGUUUGCCACCCACCAACACUCUUUGAUUCGUGUCGACAUCGCUAAUACGGUACGGUGGUGUGUGGGUUCACUUGCUGUCGACGGAUUCUUGGCAGCCGUUGAUAUUCAGCAGCUUCUUCUGUGACGUACCAACUCCAGCUCCUGGUGGACCAAGCUCAACAGCACCUGGCUUAGAAGUGGCCAGUGAGAUUGCUAACAGCGUAGACACGUGUCGUGGGUCUAAGGUUUUGCAAUUGAUGUCAUUGUAAUGACGCAAUGGAUUGCGGCCUUAAGUGGGCGCUUUUCAGUACCAAAACCACACUCGCACCCAUUGCUGCGGCUGCAGUUAGAGCGGCAGCAGACACCGAAGCAGAAGCGCCAACUCCAACAGCAACAGUGGCUUUCAAGGUUACAGCUUCAGAAAAAACACCAACAACUCCAAAUCGAAUACGAGAAAGACCAAAAAUUGCCAGAAUCCGCCAUUGGCCCAUUUUUUAUACCCGAAAAGUAAGCGCCGACGCCGACGCCGACGCCAUUCGUUUCACCAGCCGCACAGGUGGAAUCACAAGCGACACGGUGGGGUCGCGGCGUUUCAGCCGCGUAUGUGCCAUAAGAUUCAACACAAGCUUGCUGCGAAGCCGCAAACGUAUAUAACAACAACACCUCUCUGCUGCCAAUAGCGACGGCAUCCAGUCGCAUGAAGUAGAAGGAGGUGAAAUAGAAACUAAGGAAAAAACAAUAACAGAAAACGGGUACAACGACAAAUGCUGUUUUAGGAGAACAAAAGGAAUAAAAACCUAAGAUAAUGAAACAUUCAAAUAUUUUUAUACACAAAGACAUGAUGGAAUUCGGUUAAAGAGAAUUUGAAGCAAAACGCCGAAAUCAAGAGCUUAAAAGCGAAGAAAAUACCACAAAAGUAUAAAGAAUAAGAAAACAAACAAAAUAAAUAAAAAUAUAGAAAAAUAUAACUAACCUCAACUAUUCUCUUGUCUUGCGCGAAUUCAAUUUAAUUUCUGUCUCAAAUUGAUUCGCUACUUUAUCGCGUCUCGUCUUGACUUAAUUCAAUCCGACUACAUCAAUUUGACUAUACUUGGGCGGAAACCACUUCGCUUGUCUCGACCAACUGCAACCUCUUGAGCACCCAACAGACUCAGCCUCACCACCACUGCUGCUACUUUGUCGUCUGAUCUGGCCAUAGCAUUGUCACCACUGCAGAGAGACGCCGCAAAGCUGGCGUUUACGCACGAAGUUGAACAAAAUAAAUUCCCCAACGCAGUUGACGUUUAGGUGCGAAUUGUGUCAAUUAGGGCGCAAUUGUUCAUUUGUGCAGUGGCCAUGGAGCCUCCUGGCGGCUUACCGCCGGACCGAGAUAGACAACUAGUGCUGCGCCCCCCGCAGCAGCAGCAACAACUGGUGCCGUUGGUACCGCAAGCCAAGCCGACCCUAGCACUGAAUCUUUACACCAAGGACCAGGCCGCGUCCUCUACUAUCGCCACAACGCCGGCUGACGACGCAAUUGUCGCAGCCGCCUCUACCGAGAAUGCCACAGCCUCCUCAUCCAGCACAUCGAUUCGCACCACCAAUGCACUUGUGCUCGUUUCCACGAGUAACGUUGUAAGUGUAAUCGCCGCGGGCAGCAGUAGCACGGCAACGAGCACCAGUCCCGCGCUGGCGUCCGCAGCCAUUGCGAUAUCGGGCACUACGCAGGCGGCCACCGCGUUCAGCGGGAGUGCGGUGGGUGUGCAACACACGCCACACCAUCUUCCGCCGCACCAUCAUCCACACCAUCCUCCGCAUCAGAUGCACCAUCAGCCGUAUGGCGCGCAUAACUCGUCGACAUCAUCGUCGCUGCUUGGCGGCAUCUCGGCUAGCACCAGCAGCAGCACUUCUGUGGGCGGCCAGCAGCAAACCAUCGAGAAGUUGGCGCGCCCGAUGGCAUUCGACAAGAUGGAGGCACUGGUGCGCACUAUGCAGAAUGAUGAGAAGCCCGUGCCAGUGCGUGUGCAGAAGACCUUUCUCAGCAAUAUUCCAUCGGCGUUUAUGGGUUAUGAUUUGAUCGAGUGGAUGAUGGACCGGUUGAUUAUAGAGGAGUCCGAGGCGUUGAGCAUCGCCAACCAACUUUGUCUGCACGGCUACUUCUUCCCCGUCAAUGACACCAAAACACUCGCCGUGAAGGACGACUCCUCGCUGUAUCGCUUUCAGACACCAUACUACUGGCCCUGGCAGCACAAGCCACCCGACAAUGUGGAGUACGCCAUUUAUCUGGCGAAGCGUUCGCUGCGCAACAAACAACGGCACGCCUUGGAAGAGUACGAGACUGAAGCCUUGGCAUCGCUGCACAAGAGCUUGAAAGGUAAGUGGGACUUCAUCACUAUGCAGGCCGAGGAGCAGGUACGGCUAGCGAAGGAACGCAAGAAGGGCGAUAAGAUUGUCGUCGACUCACAAGAACGCGCAUAUUGGCGUGUACACCGUCCACCGCCCGGCCAGUUCACACCACUAGAACCAUGUCCAAUACCUUCGCGCGAUCGUCAAGGCUUCAAGCCCAACAAGAAGAAGACGGUUGAAGAUGUGCAACGUGAGGUGGAUUAUCUGCGCAAAUCGUUGAAUCGCACACGCAUGAAGAUGUCACAAGCUUGCGAAUCACUCGUGGCAUAUUCGGAGACGUUUGCCGAGUAUGACUUCUUCUUGCAGCCGGUACUGCCAUCGAAUCCGUGGGUGACAGAAGACACCACCUUUUGGCAGCUGAACAACAGUUUUGUGGAGACACCCACAGAGAAGCGCGUUAAACGUUGGGCUAUCUCCAUAGAGGAGUUGGUUUCCGAUCCAACUGGUCUGCAGGAGUUCACAAGCUUUUUGGAAAAAGAGUACUCACACGAAAAUAUACGUUUCUGGAUCGCUGUAAAUCGUUUGCGUCGUUCGGCCCACUCUCAGGUGCCGCGCAAAGUUAAGGAAAUUUAUGAAGAGUUUCUGAAACCAGGCGCGCCAUGCGAAAUCAAUAUAGACGGUAAAACUAUGGAGAGCGUGCUGAAGGGUCUGAAGAAUCCAUCACGUUUCACAUUCGAUUCCGCCUCGGAGCACAUCUACACGUUGCUAUUAAAGAAGGAUUGCUACCCCCGUUUCAUACGUUCCGACCACUACAAACGUCUACUGGAGGCAGGCGUACCACCGUCGCACAAGAAACGCUUCUUUAACUUCGGCGGUGUGAGCAGUGCCAAGAAGAAGAUGACGGCGGCACUCUCCAGCCAACCGAACCUUGGUGAAGGCACAUCUGCGAAGAAUAUCAGCGGUGCGAGCGGCUCGAUAAUGACAGCGCCACCGCCAGGGAACUUGGCGCGACGACGUGGCAGCGAUCGCAGCCUUACCGGUUCCGCCCAUGAGCUGGCUGUGAUCGGUGUAAACAAGGAUGUAACCUCAAAAGUGCCACAUUCGCACUCACAAAGCAACUUGAGUGAGAUGCCAUACAGCAGUGAGUCCAUUUACAGAGGAGACAUGCCACAGCUGCAGGUCACAGAUGUCGCAGUUCAAAAUGCAACGCUCGGGAAUCGCGAGAGCAGCUCGCGCUCGCUUCAGGAGACGACCAAGCCGAAAGCUGCCCGCUUGGAGACCACGGUGGAGUCUUCCAGCAGUGCGGUGUGUCCAUGGGAUGUGCCUGAUGAGCCACCGGACAUACAGGCACCCACGCCACUGCAAAAAUCUCAAAUCAAAUUGUCCAUAUGUCCGUGGGAGCAGGAAGGUGACCCUGCACCAGUAGCAGUUAACACUGCAAAGUCAGCCACACACCGACUCACCAGCACAUCUUCGGACAUCACUGAUGUAUCGGACCGCAUCCAACGCAAUUUGGGUAUAAGACAUCAGAACACUGUAGAUAGUGGUGAGGCGAGCAAACGACUUGUUCCGAACUUCACCGAGCAGCGCAGAGCUUCAAUGUCCUUUACACAAUCGCGCCUAUCGGAAUAUCAAUUCGGCCAGACAUCUGUUUCAGCGAAAACAUCUUCUAGUCCAUCGCCCACUGUGGGUAGCCAAAGCGUUGUGGGCUCCAUACUUCCAGCACCACCGCCACCGCUCUUCACUCAGAGUAUUGCCACCAUCGCCGCUGUGACGGCGAUUAGUAGCUCGUCGGCGAUUGUAACGAAAGAUCCUCCCUCUUCUUCGGAUGCAGAGGUAGAGGACGAACUUAAUAAGUUAGCAAUAUCGCAGCGAAACAGUGAAUCUUCGGCAUCCGAAAUGUGUGCGCUGCCUCCGCCCACUCCGACACCACCGCCCAUUACUAAGGUGACACCGCCUCCGCCGGAUGAAAACAUUUGCCCCUACUAUCAGACGGUGGAGGUGAUCUCAUGCGAGAGCUCACAAAGCGAUCUUGUAUGCGGCGCCGAAAGAAGUGGCGGAAGUGGCAACAGCGACAAUGGUAGCAUUGUCUUGUCCGAAACUGAAAUUGAGAUACCUGUGCAGGAGGUUCAAAUAGAGCUGGUUGAAAGCUAUGACUUUCAGGAGGGUAAAAGUCCACAGUUGUCGACGCCAUCAAUACACGUUGAGGAGGAAAUGGACGAUGUGCCAAUCAGGGACUCAGUAAUUACAGAGCAAUCACCGGCCGAAGAUUAUGCAACCGAGGCUGUAACGCCAAGAACACCUAUAACUAGUCGCGGUAAUUCCCGGCCAGAAACGCCAGAAAUGGAACAGAAGCUGCUGCCAGCUGCCACCACUCCGGAUAUUUUGCAGUCGCCACAACUGCGCACGUCCACAUCUUCGGGUGCACUGCUGGUGUCCGCCUCUGUAAUACCACCACCACCGCCAGCCAUCGGUCCCAUGGAGGAGGAGGAACAGCUACGCGUAGAAGAAGAAAUAGCAGCUGCACAAGAGACACAGGAAGAACUUUCACCAACCACAGACGAGUACCAAGAGGGUUUGCAGUUCGAUACCGAUGGCAAGGAAGACUACGAGUAUGACAUUGUCGACACCGACACCCAAGCUGGUUACAUACCUCCAGCACCGACGCCCGCACCCUCCAUGGCACCGCUUGCCGAAAUGGACAUAGACACAGUAGACGAUGAGCCGUGUGAGGAGCCGUGCUCCAUGCAGGAAUUUCACGAAUUGCCAGAAAUACCAACAACACCAACGCCAGCUGUCAAUAUGUACGAAGUGCCGCCGACCAUCAUCGAGAGCGUAAUACCAGUGGUCACCGAAGAGGUGAAGAAGCGACGCAAGAAGCGCAGUGCAGAGGGUAAGAAGAUACUUUCCGUGGAUGAAAAGGAGCAAAAGGCCAGCACAUCGGCCGGCGGCGCUGGGGAGGUCGUCAGCGGGGCAAAGUCGGAGACUGACCGCAAUACGGUGUGUCCUUGGGAGGACGAAAAUGUCACCACCAGCGAUGGCACUUUCGUGAAGACCUACGCCACGCUCGGGUAUUUAUGAAUAAAGCAGAAUAUUUUCAAGUCUGUGGUCAACAAAAUAUUGAAGAAGAAGAAAAAUCAAAAGAAAUGACAUUUUUGCAACGCAACCACAGAACACCAACACAUCAACAUAAUCGCUCAUAGACAAUUAAACAUACAACCUGGGGUGCUAGAAUGUGGACUAUUGGAAAUGACCAUCUUUUACGGUGUUUUGUUACUGCUAACCACUGGUACUGUUCUUUCCGAUUUAGAAAAUUGUGAAAUUGCCUACUUCUAGCACAACACCAACUCACCUGACAUUUCAUCACCGAACCAUCACUAGUAAAUAGAAUGUUAAAACUGCUGCUAUAAACUAUUAAUAAGAUCACAUACUCAUUCACCUUUCACACACACACACACACUCUUAUAUGCUAUUCACCACUCCACCUAGUGAGUGGAGGGUGAAUGUUGAAUUGAUUGCUUAUAUACUUAUGCUACUUCAAGUGAAUUGUCUAUUGCUGAAAACACAAUUAUUUAAGAAAAGCGCGAAGGUUGGCUAUUGCAGAAGAGAGAAGAGAUGCAAAAAUUCCUAGGAAUUUGCGUUACAUAACUAUUAAUUAGUAUUAGAAACUUAGUGAAAUUGGUGAUUUGUAGAAUGAGAUCAAUGGUUGCUUGCCAUGCUAUUGGCUCACUUGCCUAGAGGUGGCGCUACAAGUCGUCAUUUUAGUAGAUAGCUGUGGGAGAAAAUUUUACGAAAAAAUUGAAGAAAAAUUAUUUUAAAAAGUUGCUAAAGCGAAGUGGUGUGGUGAAAUGAGUGAAGCAGCAAGAUAGUGAUAAUGAAAGCGAGCUUUGGAGUUGUCUACUGCCACUUUGCUCCUCACCGAGCAGAAUUGGAGAACUUUGCACGAGAAUAAUGCGACAAUAUGCGAAGUGAAAACGGAAAGGAUAAAUAAACGCUACACCUUAACACAUACAUAUGCAAUUCAAGAUCAAAUUUAUUUUUUUUAAGUAACAAGUAAUUUAAUCGGUUGCCAUUAUUAAUUUAACCCAGUUAUAUAUAUUUAUUUAUAAAUAUUUAUAUAUUUGAUUUGUAUGUACGUGGCUACAUAUAGCAGGCUAAUAUAAUAUAUAGAACUAAAUCUAAAAAACAUAACUGUAAAUUUAAUUCAUUAUUUUCAUUUAAAUCACUGGACAAGAGUUUGCAAUUUUAAUCAAGUUUAUUGAGUACGCUAACCUUAAAGUCUCAAUUUGAUGGGAAUGGCCGCUUUGCCGACUAAUACUCAAGUAUUUUCGAAAACUUUCGUAAGAACGCAAAGAACCUUUUGUAAGCUGAUGCUUUAUGCGCCUAAAAGCUGCCUACACAUGUAUGUGCGCCAGAGGCAUGUAUGUGUGCGGGUGGAACGACUGCAGCUGCGACAUCUCGUCAUUCGUGCACACACAACUUUCGAGCCCCAAAAUGUAUGCAACGAAGACGAGAUACCAACAACGCGAGGCAACCCUGCUGAAAGGCAAGCGGUGCUGGCCCCACAGGUUGCACUCGGCACUUUUUAUGACAGACUGUAGUCAACGCAAGUAAAACGUCAUUUUACGAGACGUCACAGGAGUGGUGAAAUAACUGGGUUAAGGACCUUAAAUAUUAUUAAUAAAUAUGAUUAACAAAUAUAUUGCAUGUUGACUUACCUAUAACAAGCACUAACUAAGCAAAUGUAUUGUUGUUAAAAUGUUGAAAGAAUAUAUAAAAUAUAUAAAAUACUAUAUUAUAUGCCGUUGCUUAAAGAGGCUUAGUAUUUGUUGUUUAUUCAAGUAAAAUUGGCAAAAUUCGGUGUUGCAUUUAAUCACAAUAUUCACUAAACAAUACUAACCAAGGCGUUAUUUAGCAGCCAUUAACUUAUGUGUCUAAGCUGUAGAGGAUAAAAUAAUUAAAAAACGGAAAAAAAUUAAAAAAAGAUAAAAAAAAAUGUUUAAAAAUUUCAAAAAAUCUAAAAAAAAUAAAAAAGAAUAAAAAAAAAUAAAUUAAAAAAAAUUAUAAAAUUUUUGAAAAAUCAAAAAAAAUAUUGUUGGCGUUUUUCUGACAUUUAACCUAUAUACAUAUAUACAUAUAUAUUUCCAAUAUAAAAGUAACCAUUUAGCUUAAAAGUACUACAAAUUGAAUAUUAAAUGUGUUUAACUAAAAUUAAUGGAUAAAAAGAAUAUGCAUAGAAGGCAUUUUUAGACACUAAGCAUCGUUAGUUGAUGAUGACAGUGGCAGGUUUUGAAAAUAUUUGUGUAUGAAAGAGCAAAACGAAAAGUGAAAAGCACGCGCUCUGAUCGACAGAAAUGUAAGAGGAAAGUUUUUAGAUUAAAAAAUAAAAAUUAAAAAUUGUGAAUUUGAUAAAAUUAUGCAAACUCUUGAGAGCUUUAAAUAAUGUUUUUGUAUUACUUAAUUUUUAAUUUUUAUAUCACUUCAUGUUAAUAAUAAUUUGUGAAUUAUUAAACAUUUAAAAUAAGUUAAUUGACAUUUCAACUUAGAAACUUUAAGUUUAUCACACACAGUCAUACGCUGCAUACAACUGAAACUCACCACAGUCACCUCUCUCAAGCACACUCAAUUCUUAGAUACUUAGAGCUACUACCGAUUCUCAAUCAAAAAACGAGCUACGGAAACAAGUAAACAAUUGGUUGUUGGCCAGACAAUUAACUCCCAUUGAGCUCGCUCGAGUACGUAUUUUAUUUACCAUAUACUUAACUCUACUAAAAGCUAAUUAUAAAGAAUAAAUCAAAAUUAAGCGUUGGUGGCCACACUUAACGGCGCUAACUUACUCACUCACACACCUAAACAGUGGCAAACUGCAUGCAAAUAUAACCGAGCAAAUUCUACAACAGAAAAAAAAACAUAUUUAUUUAAUAAGUAAGCAAGUUAUAACUGAAAAAAAAACUUUGAAAACAAAAUAAUAACAACAACAAAAAAUGUUGAAUAUUUCUAAAAAUGAAAGCAAAUAAAUGAAACCACCGUUCAAAAACACUCACCAAAUGAAGCGAAGCGAGAAACAAAAAAAUGGAAUAUACAAAAGAAAAACAAAAAGAAACUCAAGGGCAAAGCAAGCAAACAAGGUAUGCAGAGUGAAGAGGGUCGCAUUAAGCCAGCAGAAAAGCAGAAACAGAAAAUAACUUAGAAAUAGAAAUAGAAAGUUGGAUGUAGGAAAUUUAGUUAAUUUAGCUGCUCGUCAAGUACUCAAUCCAUUAAAAUGCCAAAUUAUACAUUUACAAAAACAAAAAAAUGGGGAUUGGAAAAACAUAGAAAAUGAAGCGAGGAAGAGCGAAUCGUUAAAGCGAUAAAUGUGGAUCUAUAUACUUUACUAAAAUAUAAGCUAUAAUAAUAUAAAUAAAGGUAGGCGAUUAAAAAAAUACAACAAAGGAUAGAAAAAAUAUGAAAAAAUUGAGAAAUUAUAAUUUUUGUUGUUUAAAAUUUUGGAAGCAUUUGAGGAGUAACGGAACAACUGGCAAAGAUUACUUGAUAAACGGAAGAUAUGCUAUAUAAAUACAUAUAUUCCGGUGUUGCUGAAGAAAUGAGAAAAAUGUAGAACGGACAGAGGCAAAAUUGGCAGAACUUAAGGCAGCUCGGAGCGUAAUGAGAAAUAUUUAAAUGAAAUAUUUUCGUUAGUGAUAAGCAUAAAGGAUAGAAACUAAUAUUUAAAGAAAUACUAGUAAUUGUUGUUAUUGCGUAUAAUUAAUAAUUAGCCUUACAAACAUGGUUAUAAAUAUUAUUAAAGGUGUGGCAAAGCCCAUGUAGCAUUUAAAGCAGUAAUACACACACUCACACAAACACAGAAUCAAAGAAAGCUAAUCUGAAUUUGGCGAGCCAAGCUUAUAAUAGUGAAAAAUUUAGUAAUAACCGCCACAAGCAAAGUUAUGGAAUUAAGUGAAACAGAAAUUUUAACAGAACAGAAAUUCAAACAGUAACAGAAAUUUGAACAGAAACAGAAAUUUAAAUAGGAAUAGAAAUUAAAACAGUAACAGAAAUUUCAAUAGGAAGAGAAAUUAAACAGAAAACAGAAAUUAAAACAGUAACAGAAAUUUAAACAGAAACAGAAAUUGAAAAAGAUUUAGAAAUUGAGCUGAAACAAAAUCAAAAACAAAAUAAAUACAUUUUAUUUAUUGUAUUGGAAAAUAUUUGCUUACUUAAAUACAUAUUAUUAUGUUGGCUUACACACACAUACACGCAAUCCAUUAAUUUUAAAUCUUACAACUAACAACUAAAUAUCUACUUAUUAAGCCAAAUUAAUGAAACAGAAUUAUUCAUGAAACUCAAUAGAGGCAUGUACACUAAAAGAGAAACUCUGUCUAUUUCCUAAGUCAUAAGCAAAAGCAAAAGCAACAAAAACAGCAAAAACACGACAAAUAAUGUACUCAAUGUUUAAAAACAGAAACAGAAAACUUAAAACUAACAGAGGCGCCAGCAAGUCAAGCACUAAUACGCAUAAACUUCAUAGCUGAAAACAAAUACAUGCCCACUAAAGUACAUAUUUAUAUGUGCUGUGAGCAAAAACAAAAUUAGCAAAAAAUAGCAAAGUAAAUGCUUUGAGUAACUGACAAGCUGUAGAGUAAUUAACAAACUAAUUUAUAUAGCUGUAGAUUAGUUGACUCACAAUGAAACUAGCUCAUAUUUACACGAACAAAACGCACAUAAACAUACACACAAACACAUACACAGAGAGAAUAAAAUACACUUUAACAAUGAAGGAGACCACUUGAAUGGGUUAAAGCAAAA